UCCCUCUCUCAUUCUGGCUCUGGGAUUGGUUCAUUGGUGUUGACAGAUGCUGAAUAUGCAUGAGCAGAGGGUCUGUUCGUGGGUGGAGCCUCAGAGGCUGACUCUGAGAGAGGAUGAGAGAGAAGUGAAGCGAGUAACAGCAGCGUUCUAUUCUCCAGCACUGCAGAAUCCACGCACUGACAAGGCUCACAUUCUCUAUCAUUUGAGGAGGGGGGGCAUUUCUGCCGGCCUUUCCUCUUCUCUGGACUCUGGCACAGAUUGGAUUGAUGCACUGCUGCACUGGUUUCAUCCUUCAUACCUCCGAGCUGGCUUGUCUACCUUCCUCUUACCUUCGAGCUGGCAUUCCCUCCUCCUUUCUCCCCCUCCACUGCUGUAAGUGGAUCGGCCAGACCUCCACCAGAGUGACACAGACAUGGGCUGUCGGCUCUCUGGACAGGGACAGUGGGCUGACAAUGGGAAUGGGGUCAAAGGGCGUGACCUGUCCCAUCUCAGCCACCGAGAGACAUUGCAGUUCCGGGGGGACGGCUAUGAGCAGCCAGUCACUACGCAGAUUGAGGGGAGGCACCGGCGAGGAAGAAGGCGUCAUCACUCCCAGUACCCAGUGUCUGACUGUGGCACCCAGACGGAGCAGCAAUCCUGGGAGGCUCUGAGGGCCCUAGGGGGGGUGGAGGGGGCCGGACCUGGCCUCGGUGCCUACGCUUCUGGACCUUACUAUGAUCACAUGACCCUUCCACCAGAACUCUAUGCAGCCAAUGGAUACCUCCCCAGUGUUGCCUACAAUCUGGAGGACAUUAACAGGAUAGAGUAUGAUGAUGAUCCAGAGAUGAUGAAUAACCAGCCCAAUAACAGGAACUGUCUGAUUGGCUGCUGUAACACUGAUAAUGAUGAGCCUAGCAGCUUCCUGAGCCAGAGUGAAUAUGAGGGCCACUGGCUGGACAGGCCUCUGAAUUACCUACCCCUCCACGAGCUUGACAGUGGCCUGGGCUGCACCGAUGGCAGCCUCCACCAGGGGGACCUGUCUGACCCAGAGACAGAGGAGGGGGUAGAGGCCCCUAUGUCCUCUCCUCCAGGAAACACCAGCCGGGGAAGCUCUCCCUCCUCUGAGUCCCUCCUUUCAUCAGAGCUCAGUGACUCUGGCUUCCACAGCGUCAGCACAGGGGAGUUCCGCCACUUCCAGAAGAUUAUAGAUGGGAGGAUCCACAACUACCGGAGUCGCGUCGUGCCCCGGGAACAGAGAUCAAAGUCUCGCUGGGACCUAGAGUCCAUCCCUGAGACCCUGACCUGUGACCCCCAGGCUGGCAGAGCCGCAGACGGAGUUCACACAGCCAUGACCCACCAGUGCACCAUGGGUAGUAGCUCRAUUCAGUUCCGCAAAGCCAGGAGCCCCCAGCUGAGCAGGCAUGGCACCGGGUUUGCUCCUAGGGUUGCUGCCUCCAGCUGCCGUACAGAACCCUGCCAGAGGAGAGCAUUGAUGCUGAACAAGCACUCUUCUGAGGACCUUCCCAGCCGCAGCCACACGGUGCAUGACUUAUCAGACAGGAGACGGGCCAGCCACCCAGCCCUGCCUGGGAACACUGCCACAGGGAAAUACAGGCACGUAAACCGACAACCGCCCAGCAGCCCAAACCACUUAGCCGUGCCCACUGAGAACUCUGGCACAGGACAAUACAACAGGGGGUUCAACACAGACAUCAGUGAGAAGAGGAGAUGUCCACUGAGUGACCAUGUGGAAGGCACCUGGCAAGGAUGUGUGGAUGACCACAGAAGCAGUAUGGCCAUUGAGGAAUAUAACAGUGAGAAACAGGGUCUUUCCAAGAGUCCCUCAAAGAAACAGCCUGGGAAGGAGCCAGCAGACUGGCGUCAGUUUGCGACACUGGGACAUCCUCACAUUGGUGGGGACUGGCCCCAAGCAGAKUGUCCCUGCGGUCCCCUCUAUAGCACGCUGGAUGGGCCCUCUGCCCGCUCCAGGAGGGGUCUCUCUGGGAAUCCCCGGGCUGUGAGGAACCAGCUCCUGAAGGCACGGGCCUCACGGCUGGCUGACGAGCGCAGUGAGGUCACCACGGACGAGGAGGCCCGCGGGGAGGCCUGGGCAGGCCGCUACUGGAACAGGACGGAGCGCCGGCGCCACCUGGCGUGGGCCCGGGAGCAGAGGCAGAGGAAGCUGAACCGUGGGGCUGAGGGGGCAGGGGAGAAUGGGGCUGGAGGUACAGGGGUUGCUGGGGGCCUUGGGGGUGCAGGGGGUCCUGGAGGAGGCUGCAGCACAGUGCUGGAGCUCAGCCACAGGAAGCAGAGCCGUCUGAGGAACCAUAAACUGCUGGAUGACUGGACCACAGUGGAGGAGCUGCGACCCAUGGGACAAGGCCACAGCCCCAGCCCUUCUAGCCAGUCACAGACCGGGCCUUCCUUACCAGCCACAGCCCCAGCUCUCCUUACCAGCCACAGCCCCAGCCCUCCUCACCAGCCACAACCCUCCUUACCAGCCACAGCCCCAUACCACCUUACAGCCAAGCCCUCCUUACCACCCCCCCCGCCACAAGCCCCAGUCUCUUACCAGCCACAGCCCUCCUACAGCCACAGCCCCAGCCCCUUACCAGCUACAGCCCUCCUUACCAACCACAGCCACAGCCCUCCUUACCAGCCACAGCCACAGCCCCAGCCCUCCUUACCAGCCACAACCCUCCUUACCAGCCACGGCCCCAGCUCUCCUUACCAGCCACAGCCCCAGCCCUCCAGCCUGUAA